AUGUCUGGAAGAUCAGUUGAUACAACAUCCUAUACAGAAUCUACUGUCACCACAUCAACUGAAGGGUCAACUGGUUCAACAUUCUCUACAGAAUCUAUUACGUCAACUUCAUCUAAAGCAUCUAUUGGUUCAACAUCCUCUGCAGAAUCUACUGACACAACAUCAUAUGUUGGAUAUAAUGGUUCAACAUUUUCUGGAGCAUCAAUUGGUUCAACAUUAUCAGGAGGACCAACUGGUUCAACAUCCUCUGCAGAAUCUACAAUCUCCACAUCAUCAGUAGGUUUUACUAAUACAUCUUCUCCUGAAAGUACUGUUUCCAUGUCAUCUGGAGAAUCUACUGCUUCAACAUCCUAUGCAGGAUCUCUCAUCUCAACAUCAUCUGUAGGACCUACUAAUGCAUCCAAUGCAGUAUCUAUUGAUACAUCAUUACCUCGGGGAUCUACUGUCUCCACAUCAUCAUCAGGAUCUACUGAUUCAACAUACUCUGGAGAAUCUAUGACCACCUUAUCAUCCAGAGCAUCUACUGGUCCAACAUCCUCUACAGGAUCUAAUGACAAUACAUCAUCUGGAGGUUAUGGUGAUACUGAUUCAACAGUAUCUGCAGAAUCUAAUGUUUCCACAUCACCUGGAGGAUCUAAUGUAUUGACAUCCUCCACAGAUUCUAUCAGCUCCACACCAUAUGGAAGAUCCGAUGGUAUAACAUUCUCCAAAGAAUCUACUGUCAUAACAUCAGCUGAAGGAUCAACAUUUUCUACAGAAUCUAUGACCUUCACUUCAUCCACAGCAUCUAUUGGUUCAACAUCCUUUAAAGGAUCUACUGACACCACAUUAUAG